AUGGCGCGCACCUCCAUCUUCCGUCUUGGUUCGGCCUUCAACGCCGCCCUCCUCGCCUGUAUCAUCCUCAAGCACAUCUCCCUGGCCCUCGCCCGCUCCGCAGCCCGCCACGUCUGCAUGGCCUUCCUCAUGCCCAUCAUGAUUCUUCACCGUGGAGCAAAUCCCGCCGGCGGAGACGUAGUCGCCGGUAUCCCUUCCGCCGUCUCGCUUUGA